AUGAAAGAACCGACGCGCCGUUUGCGAUACAAUGUGGCUACGUCCGUGGACGGCUUCAUCGCGCCUCCCGACGGGUCAACGGGCUGGAUCGUACAGGACUCGAAUGUCGACUUCGAUAGGCGGUAUGCGCAAUUUGACACCUUCGUCAUGGGCCGCAAGACGUACGAGUGCAUGUUCGCCAUGGGCGAGCAGAACCCCUUGAAGAAACAACCGAAAGAGAACCUGAUUGUCUUCAGCCAGACGCUGAAAUCCGAGGAGCACCCAGAUGUGACCGUUGUUUCUGAGGAUGUCAUCGGGUACGUGGCCGAGCUCAAGAGCCACGAAGGUCGGGACAUCUUGCUCAUGGGCGGGGGCCAGCUCGCGGGACGGUGCCUCAAGGCGGGAAUGCUGGAUUCGGUGGAGGCGGCGAUCAUGCCCGUUAUGCUGGGAAAGGGAACGAGGAUGCUGGAGGAGACCCCGCUGACACCCCACGGCGGAUUCAAGUUGGAGAUGGUGGACAGCGAGAAGUUGGAGAGCAGUGGGAUUUUGAUGUGCAAGUACAAUGUCAGCAGAGGGAUGGCAUGUUCACUCGGAGAGGCGUUGACGUUCUGCUGA